AGAUCCACGUACUCGGAACACGAGCAGCGUCGUUUCGUUGAACCGUAGAACAUCGACACUCGUGCGGCGAUCGCGACCGCGGCAACACGAACAUCCGUCAUUUUCGAUCCUCCCCUUACACCCCCAUAUUUAUACAAGAUUUCCCUUCUUAUUACUCUUGAUCGCGUCUUAACGGACCAUCUGCGUCCUGUAUCGAGGCUUUAUCGGUCCGAUCAAAUCGAGGGAUCCUUUGGGUUGAUCCUGUUGAGAUUUUUUCUUUUGAUUCGAUUAGCUUUUUUGGCGCCAGGGAUACGAAGGGUGAAAAUGAAGGAUCGAGUGUAUUCUUGGAAGUGUUAGUGAGGGAUGGUGUAAAAGAUUUUUCGAGAAUAUUCUAUUCGAUGAUCAAUGAUGAUCGAAGUUUUAAUUCGCAGUGUCAUCGUUCUUGGUUCCAAAGGGUGAAUGGUGUGAUGGCAAAGUCUGACGGCGAUCGAAGGAAGACGAGAAAAGAGCAAGAAAUCAAGGGAGGAAAGGAUAAAAGUGAUGGAAGGAAGUUUCCAAAGAAGCUACCAAGUUUCACCAGAAGCCUAAACUCGAAGAAAUUGGACAAUAAGUUUCUGUACCUGUUAAAACGUGUCGAGACAUAAGACGCGGAGCUCGUAAAACGGUUCGAAAAGUUUGUUGAGAUGUCUGAAUACGAGGUCGAAGGAAAAGGUAGUCGAAGUACGGAAAUGAAAUAGGAACAUCGAUCGAGAGAAGAACGGAAGGAAGGUGGCUAAUAAAAAAAGAUUUCGAAUCCUGAAGAGACGAAACAGAAUCGAAGAAACAACCUUCAGGCAAAAAGAGGUCUAAUAAGAAGAGGAAGCGGAACGAAGGGAAUAUGAAGAGAAAGAAAUAAGAUUAAGUGGUUGAGGGACGGGGUAAACAAGGACGAACUCGUUGAUGGUAAAAAAAAGGAGUUGAAUCGAUGAAUAAACGAACGAUUAGUGGGUGGAAGCAUGAGAAUUCCGAGUAUUUCUUCAGCUCGACAAAAGUACUCGAAUGCGCGUUGCAUCGGCCACCCUCUCUCGUGUCACGUAUCGAGAUCCAUUGAGGGACAAAAAUGGGCGCCAACCAGUCGACGAGAAGCGAGCCUACUCCUGGAGAAGAAGUGAACUUCGAUCACUUUCAAAUCCUGCGCGCUAUCGGGAAAGGGAGCUUCGGAAAGGUGUGUAUAGUACAAAAGCGGGACCGUGCCGGGAAUAUGUACGCUAUGAAGUACGUUCACAAGGGAGAAUGCGCUGUUAGAGGAGCCCUGAAGAACGUUGCGCGAGAAGUGGAGAUACUUUCGCAAUUAGAACACCCGUGUCUAGUGAAUCUCUGGUUCAGUUUCCAAGACGAGGAGGACUUAUUCAUGGUUUCCGACUUGUUACUCGGAGGGGAUUUAAGGUACCAUAUACAACAGGAAGUCGUAUUUACGGAGAAAAGCGUGGUCCUUUUUGUCGCUGAGAUUGCUCUAGCGCUCGAUUAUUUGCAAAGUCACAAAAUUGUUCAUCGCGAUAUCAAGCCUGAUAACAUACUGCUAGAUGAAGAAGGACACGCACACGUAACGGACUUCAACAUUGCAACGGUGCUGGAGAACGGGGAAUUAGCUACGUCGAUGUCAGGAACAAAACCGUACAUAGCUCCAGAAAUUUAUAUGUGCUCUUGCGAAGAAUACGGUGUUCUUGGCUAUGGUUUCCCGGUAGAUUGGUGGAGUUUAGGAAUUCUCGCAUGGGAAACCCUCGCUGGAGAACGUCCUUAUCCUCUCUGUUCCACCACUUCGCACAGAGAGGCUCUACAAAUUCUCCAGAAGGAAAGACCGACACCUGCCGAAUGGAGCUCGUCGAUACGGGAACUCCUAGACAGAUUAUUAACCGUGGCGCCAGGCGCCAGGGUGUCAACGUUAAAGGAACUGAAGCAAGCGAGCGUGAUGAGAGACGUAGACUUUGACAAAGUGUUGAACAAGCAAAUCAAACCACCUUUCACGCCGCCAAAGGAUCAUCUGAACUGUGAUCCGACGUUCGAGCUCGAAGAGAUGAUCAUCGAGACGAAGCCGUUGCAUAAAAAGAAGAAACGCUUGGCGAAGCAAAGAUCCCUGAAAAUCGAGCAUCCUCAGGAAGAUCCCGGGCUCGCUGAAGGCGCCGGGCCGAGCUUGGAUCUCAGGAGAUUAGCAUUCAUCCCGGAAUAUCGUGUGUAUAAUCGGGAACGAGAGAUGGAGAGACAGGAAAGGGAGAGGAAGGAAAAACAGUGGGAAGAGGAACUGAACACUGCCAUGAAAGGUGCCGAGGAAAGGUUGAAGACGAAACAGCAACCGGCACAACGAACCGGAAAUCGCUUGAGCGUGUCGACGACGAGCGUGAAGACGCGUAUAAACGCAUCUCCGAGGCAAGGAAGACGCGCGAGUACCGCAACUUCAUCGGAUAUCGACUACAUCGACGCGAGUCCGGAGCCUUCCACCUCGUAAAAAUCCUCUUAGAUCUUUCUUUCCACCACGGAAGUAAACACGCGUCUUCGAAGAGGAAUUAAAUUAUCAUUGUUUGCCAUCGUUCGUCGCUCUUAGCGCGACGAAUAUUCGAAGGGUUUACUUUCCAUUACGAAAAGAAAGCAUUCUAGCCCUUCAAACAGUGGAUCCUUUCCUGUUCUAUCAAUUUUUCAAACGCUAUGCGAUAUUUGUGCAUUCAACGGAGAUAAAAUAGAAGGUAACUGAAUAUAUUUCCUUUCUUUUUUUUCAGUUUCUUAAUGGGUUGAUCUCUGAGGAACGUUAUCUUUCGAAAGUACUGUUUAUCUCUUUAGUUAUUCAGUGACCUUUUUACUACGCUCGUCUGAUCUCAUAGCAUAUCUUUCCCAUCUUGAGGGGAAAAAAUAUUGUUUUAUAAAGGAUAGAAAAGAAACUUGACCAAGUAGAGCGUCCUUUUAGAGAGCGUUUGACCAAAAGUGGAAGCUUUUCGAUGGGGAAAGAACGGAGAUAAAGCAUGCGGUCCAAGGGAAAUUCCAAACUGUCGUACGGCUUACUUGUCACUUAGUUAGUUCGUACGUACUAGUUAACUUCCCUCUUAGAAAGUUACGAUACUCCUAACGCCGAUAUAGUAAGAGUAAAUGGUUUCUUUUUCGAUUACAUUAUUGAAAUUAUAAGAAUAUAGAAACAUGAAAAUCUUAAUCUUAGUCUACUGCGAUUAACUUUACGAUGGUACUCGUAAUCAUUGGUGUAAUUAGGAUUUUUGUCUAGGACGAAACAGGUCCUCUAUUUUAAUUAAGUGUUCUCUAUUUAAUUACACUGCACGUUCGGUCCAAUUAUUUUUUCCUAUUAAAGUGGGACUUUAGGAGUUGCUAAAUCCUUUUUUUUUAAUACUUAUUCUAAUCAUUUUUUUGGGUUUUACCUAAUUACACCAAUGUUCCUAACGAACAAGAUUGUUCGAUCACGUUAGCGCCUUUCUCGAUUCAUAUCCUCGAUCCGUUGUAUCUCUGCCACAACCUGCAUACCUCAGAUACAAUACCUUUAAUCAACGAUUGCACUUCUGAUAAUCAAUCAGCAAACACCAAAAAAACGAUGUAAUUUUAUAAAUUAAUCGUAAGAGAGAGAGAAAGAGUAGACGCGACUAACUUGUAACAUGUAAUCUGACGAUUAAACGAUUCAGAAUACUUGUUCCUUGGUAUAUUUCUUUUCUGCGUAGUUAAUCGACUUUAUAAUCGCAAAUGUUUUCUUAGCAAACGUUUGAACAAGGAAACUCGAUAACGCGUACCUUCGUUAAUCCACGGAUCCGUUUCCGCUCAUGCAGAUAUAAGUUGCGAGGGUAAGAUGAAAUCAAAGAAACCUUAAUAAAUCUCAGGUCGUCAAGGGAUUUCUGUUAAUUGAUGUUUACCAGGAAAGAUUAUAAAUAGAGAUCUGGACAUUAAACGAGCGUGUCUUGUCGAAGGAGUGCCGAAUAAUCGAUAAUACUGGCGCCGUUUCGCGAAAGGCAACAGAGGGUGAAACGACCCAUAUUCAUCGUCAAAGUAUUAGAUAAAUUUUCCAUUCCUGAAUAAAAAUAAUAUUAAGACUU